UCGACACCACUAACAAAAUCAGAGCACCAGUAAAUUAAUUUUCGCGACACAACCAACUUGUAUUUUUACUGUCAUUGAGUUCACGAGACAGACUUUAUUAAACUGCUUGUGUUUUGCCGCGAUCAUGCUGACUGUUCUGCUCUUCCUCCUGGUGAUCCUGCCCCUGACAAGACAGUACCCCAUGCUGGAGGGGGGUGAUGUGGGGUGCGCUCACGAUGGCCAGGAUGUGGAUAUUGGGGACUUGUUAAUGGUUGGGUGCGACAACUGCACCUGCACUCCCGGCAAGAUCGUGUGUCCAACACCUCCAACCUGUCCCCGCGACUGUCUGUACAAGGAAACGAUUUAUAAAGACGGAGACAAGUUUACUAGCAGUAAAACUUGUGAUAAGUGUGUUUGUAGAGAUGGGACUGUCACCUGCUCCCCCAAAGACUGUAGGGGUUCCUGUACAGUAAAUGGUAAGCACUACGAAAAGGGAGAAUCGUUCAAGAUCGACUGUGAGACAUGUAUCUGUUUGGGCCGUGACGUAAUUAAGUGCAACAAACACUUUUGCCCCUGUCUUAUUGCAAAUCAAAUUGUUGAGCAUGGAGAUGAAAUAACAGAUGCGAAUGAUCCCCGGGGAACUUUGGUGUACAUAUGUGACGAUGGCAGGCAGACUAUAAAGGAGGACAACAGGUUAGGCGGACCAGUUGUUCUGGUCAGGGCUGGAAUCGAGGACAUUCUGGAGGAAUAAAUUGAACGAGGAGUGUUUCAAAAUAUUUUGAGACUCGAUAUUUUGGUCGAGUUCAGCUGGCUUGAGAUAACGUGGAUAGUAGUUUUACCUUAAGAUAGGAGA